CCCCACGCGCUGGCUGUCAAGACAUCAGGGAUCCAAUGAACUUCGUCUUGUAGUUUUACAGCAGGUAAAAACACACGGUGCUGCAGAAGCAUCCAAAGCGUUUAACGUAAGAGUAAAAACUGCGUCCAAAAACAUUAAAAACUAAGGCGUCCAUAUCAUCCUCUCUCCAUUCACAAAAAAACCCGAACAGGUGAAGGUGAUACGCUCAUUACUACCGCCAUCCACACCACGUGACCCAAAUUACCACGCAUCACUAAAAGGGGUGUUCAACAACAUCAGAAUACCUGUCUCCUACAUUCCAUUUAUUUAUUUAUUUAUUUUCCAUACUUAGGUCGAUAAUAGGUAUAGUGGAUGACGAUUAUUCUGCGAAAUUUGGAUCACUAAAAAAAAUAGUGGCCGUGAAACCUCUAAAAACUGUAAGUUAAACGUCAGUGGAAAGUUGUCCUCAGUUUUGGGCCCAUGAUGCUGCAAAAUGCAGACAACAGGCUAGAGUUUCACUGAUGCAAGACGGACCUUGAUGCGGAUGGGAUGUUACAUAAUAUCUAACACAGGAAAUGGCACAAAUACAAAAAAAAACCGUUCCCAAUACUGAGAAAUACAUGGUUAUAAGUAGCCUACUGUUAAAGGUGAUGGCUGGCAGCCACGGUAUUUGUGAAGAGAAACACAUAAAGCCCACAAGGCGGCGCUCCACCACUUUAUGUUUGAGUAAAGUCAGCCCAAAAAACACACAUGAUGUGUAGAUUGAGCACAACUUAGUUCUUUUAACUUAGUUCUGUUCGGCCAUGAACCACAACAACAAUCACAACUUUGGCCCGUGGAAGCAGAAAUCCAUAAAACACAUUAACAUUGUCUCAUCCACUGAUAGAUACUAUUGCAGAAGCACUUUAAAUCCUAUGUGGAUAAUAACCUUUGGUGAAGUAUGAGUGAAAGUACCAAUGUUUCACAUGAUUAAAGAGAUUUCCCAUGACAGCACAUUUUAGGGUUUUGUUUGGGAGCGUGGGAUGUAAAGUUUUUGUAAUGUGAGGAUGUUGCGCAACGCAAGGACAAGUAGAGACGCGUCGUUGACUUUUUUUCGUAGUGCAGGGAUGACAAGCUCGGACAGCACAGAGACAGUCUUUCUGCAGAUUCUUUGGGACUGGUUGAGAGAACGGCAGAGCCUCAUCAGAUCCCCCUUUUUCCCAGUUUUCUUCUCUCUCAUCAUUUACCUGAGCUGCUGCUUUCCAUACGUCUGUCUGGAUUUGCUCUGCUCGAAACUGGCCCUGGUGCGUCGCUUCAAGAUCCAGCCUCAGAGCCAAGUGACAUGGGCAGCGACUUGCGGGUGCUUGCGCAAAAUUCUCCGCAACCAUGCCUGCUUCAUUUUCCCCCUCUCUGUCGUGCACUGGUACUGGAAGGCUGUGGUUUCUCCUCCACUGGCACCUGACACGCUGUCUGUCGUUAGGGACGUGCUGGCUUGCCUCCUCCUGUUCGACACGCAGUACUUUCUGUGGCAUCUGCUGCACCACAAAGUGUCCUGGCUCUACCUGGUCUUCCACAAGGAGCACCACCGCCUCUUCUUCUUCACGACGCUGAACCCUUCCCUCCUUAACUGCCACCCGCUCACCGAGAUGCUCUUCUUCAUCACUAACAUCUAUCUUUCCGUGGAGGCCCACUCGGGCUAUGAAUUCCCCUGGUCAACGCACAGGCUGGUGCCUUUCGGCCUCUACGGGGGCGCCCAGCAUCAUGACCUCCACCACCUCAAAUUCAAAGUGAACUACUUCACGCACUGGGACAGACUCUUUGGCACACUGCAACGAGAACACAUAGACACAGAAGUUAAGAAACACAGACUUUAAAGAGGGCAUGAUUAUGAGAAUAUAUGAAGGACAUUUUUAUUCUGCUAUUAUCCUGUAAAACUGAUGAAGGCUGACUUUGAUUUGAUCUUUUGUCUAAUGACAUUUUUAAAGCCACCGUUGUGUUUCAUGCGCAGAAAAUAGGUCUAGAUUCUAAGUCUACAUUACUGAUUACAGUGAUCAAACAAUACUAAGACAGAAUUGACAAAAUAUGAAGCUGAACUUUAAAGUUGGCUGUAAAGUCUGCUCCUUUAAGAGGAAUCAAAGAAAACAGUAUAAAAACCUGAACAGAAACUUGUGCAUCAGAAACAUAAAUAGUAAUUCAGACCAAUGUAACUGCUCACCCAUUCUCCAUAGAGAAUACCAACCUGACCCACUCAUAAAUCAUCAUAAUAUGAAUUCUUGUUUGCACUGAGUACUUUACUUUUGCUACAGAAUGUGAAAUAGUUAUAUGAUGUUAUGUUGAUGAUUUAAAAAAAAAAA